CCACCCUGUAAAACGUCAGUGAUGGCAGCUUACUUCGCAUUAUUUAACCCUAAUUGUCAAUACAUUGUCAAAUGAACCGAAUUUUGGCAUUUUCAAUUAAAAAUGACUUUACGCUAUUAAUUAGUGCUUUAUACACCUAACUACCCACCAAUUAAGUGAAAAUAAGUGAUUUUGUGGGUUCAGAACGCGUUUAAAAAUGUCUUGGGGUUCACCAUAUUCAAACUCCUAUAACAUGGAUUUUGAUUACGAUGACGAUCAAUACGACGAUGACAACGAUCUUGACGAUAACGAUCUUCCAAAUUCUGACGAAGAUACCGAAGAUGCGAGUGAAACUGACACUGGUUUUUAUGUUGAAAGGCAGCAAGAACCAUUGGAAAUUAAAGAACAAAUGUAUCAAGAUAAACUUGCGUCGUUGAAAAAAAAAUUAAUGCAACUUAAAGAUGGGACUCAUGUUGAAUACAAUCGUAAAGUAAAAAAAUUAGAAUAUCAAUACAAAGAAAGGUUAAGAUUGAAUAUUUUGUACAGGGACUAUUUAAUAGAAUGUGUCGAUAGAGACUACACGUUAGAAAAAAAAGCUGCGGCUAGAGAAUUUGAGGAGAAAAAAAUCGAUCUAAAAGAGAAUUUAAUAUCAGAUUUAGAGGAUAAAAAACGCAAUGUUGAAGCUGAACGAUUUUCUAUGGAGUUAACAGGAGAUUCAAUGGAGGUAAAACCUGUGAUGACCAGGAAACUAAGAAGGCGUCCAAACGACCCAGCCCCAGUGCAGGAAAAAAGGCGGAAAGCCCCUGCUACAACGAUACAAUUGUCGUUAGACGAAAAAGAAAUCGAGAACGAUUUGAAACAAAUUAAUAGGGGCAAGGUAUUGACGCCGAUAAGAAAACACGAAAAUUCGUGUUCCAGUCCCGGAAACUUACCAGGUUUAUCGUUGUCGAAUUCCAACGAAAUGCAGUUAAUAGAGUCUAGAAUUGAGGAUGGGAAGUUGCUGUACGAAAAAAGGUGGUUUCACAGGGGCCAAAGCAUUUUUGUUGAGAGUAGGGACAUGUCGAAAUAUCCAGCGAAUAUUUCAGCCAUACAAAAUGACGCUAUAUUGGUAAAAAAAUCCGAUGGAUCAAAAAUCAAAAUUUAUUUAUCGCAUCUAUCACGAGGAAAAGUUUCCAUUAAAAGAAGAGCAUCCUGAAGAAAUUUGGAAAAUAACUUUUUAAUAUUUUUUAUCUAAUUAAUUUAUUGAAUUUAGCAUGAAACAUUUUAUAUAGUUCGUAUUUUAUCGCAUCCUAUUGAAUUGAAUUAAUAAAACCUUGUAUUUUUAACCACUUUAUUUCAAUGCAAAUUUCUCUUUUUAGGUCAAUUUUACGACAAAAUUUGUUAUAAUAUUUUUUGUAGAGAAUAAAAUUUACUACAACUUUUGUUAUUAAAUUUUUGUUGUAUAUGCAUUAUUUGCAGAGAUAUCGCAUAAGUCAUAUAUAGGUAACAUAUAGGUAACAUGUAUAAUAUCUCACUUACCGUCAAUUUCUCGACAAAAACUGUAAUAACUUUAUUGUAGGGAAUUAAAUUCCCAAUAUUUUUUGUAAACAAUUUUUUUUUGUAGAAUGGAUAUUUUUAAAGAAAUUAAAAAAUAUAUAUAUUUAUAAGUAAUUUAUUUAAACUAUACUUUUCAAUAUAAAAAACAAUAACACAAAUUCUUAUAACCUAAUAUUUCACAUUUCUUUUUUUAAUAUUAAAGCAACUAAAAAAUAAUAUAUAAUACGUCAUAUUAUAUAAAAAAAAUAAUACCAAAGUUAAGUUAGUCAAAAUAAAAAUUUGUUUGUUCAAAAAAAUCACAUUGCACAGUAUUUGGAAAAUUUGUUGAUAUUUAUGUCAUACAGGGUGAUAAAAAUUUAUUAUUAGUUAUUUUAUAAAAAUUGGUAAAUUAAAAUCGCCCUGUAAAUUUAUAACGAAAAAAAAUAAUGAAGGUCGAAAGAAUGAUUAAGUCUUUAAAAAAUGAUUAUCACAGAAAAAAAUUUACAAGGAUGCGUUCAAAAAUUAUUUCUAUAAAAUUUAGUUCUAUAGAAAAAACUUUUGAACUACAAAUUAAAAAGUAGACGAAAAACUUAAAAUAGUGCUUGUAGUGAUGCGUUUCACUUAUACAGGGUGUUUUCACUAAAAAUUAAGUGUUAAUGAGGUUACUUGGCAGUGAUUUAACACCCUGUAUCUUAUUUUUAUAAAUUAUAAAUAUAUCUACCAAAUCUAAUAGUAACAAUUUUAGUACUUUUUUCUCUAAAAUAAAAACAAUAGAUGCUUACACAGGGUGUUUUUCUUACAUAAAAACACUCCAUAAUAUAUACAAGGUGUUUCAGGUUAUUUAUACAUGAUAAAGGAUUUCAGUCGGUCGUUAAAAAAACUACAUUUAUACAGUGUGUUUGGUAAAAAUAAUCUUUUGUUUUUUGGUGAUGGAAGUUUUUACUGAGACACCCCGUAUAGUUAAAUAAUUGAAAUAAAUUGACGAUUCGAUCUUUACUGAGAAAAUAAAUGCUCUUAGUUUGGAGGUGAAUAUUAUAAAAACUAAAAAAUUUUUUAAAUAGAUAUUAAUAUUAAUUUUUGGUUUUACUAUCAAUUUAAAGCCAAAUAUUGAGAUUUCAUACCACCACAUUAAAAAAAACACAUAAAAAAUUACACACCUUCAAACUUAGAGCUCUAUUUUUUUUAUUCGUAAAAUGAAAAAGUUUUGCACGACAUUUCAGUUCUCAAUUUAUUAUUACCUAAAAAAUUGUAGUAUUUUUAACUUAUUUUUUGUAACGUUAGUUGCUUUGUUAUAUCACACAUCCUGGAGGUGUUUGGAAACUGCCAGAGAUUUAAACGGUUCGGACCACAUUCUUCUGAGAUCGCCCUGUAGAUAAAUACAUAUUUUUUUAAAUAUACCACGAAAUUUACUACAUUUUUGAUGUUUAAGUUUUUGCUGUAAGAUGCAUAGUUUCGGAGAUAUCGCGAUUUUACAUAAAUAUGACAUAAAAUCAACAUGUUAAAUAUCUCGAGUUGAGGUAAUUUUUCGACUAAGAGUAUUGUCGAGAAUCAAGUUCCUCAUACUGUUUGUCAGUACAUGCACAUAUAAGUAAUUAAAAUAUAGGUAACAUGUAAGUAACAUGUCAAAUAUCUCGCUUACCGCGCUUUUUUCGAUAAAACUUCCAAGUACAAAAUUUGUAGAGAAUUAAAUCCUCUAUAUUUUUCAUUAUAAACUUUUUACUGUAAAACCUCGUUACAUAAAAAUGACAUAAAACCAACAUACCUUUAAAUACGCCAUGGUGAGUAACGGCAACAGUGUAAACGGUACUAAAUAUAGAAGAGCUGGCUGAGCUGCUUUGAAAACCUCCGAACUGACAGUAGCCGUGAGUAAACCCAAAAAGUAACCUAAAAGAGAGCAGUGGAAGUAUGUUAACCUUGAGCCGCUGAGUCCUUGGGAUUUUUUGUAGGCGUCGUAUCGUAGAACGAAACACAGUAAUAAACCAGGCAUUACUAUAUCUCC